UCCUUCUUUGCCGCUAAAACUAAACUCGCUCCAACUCCUUCCCUGUCAAGCUGUCUCUAUGUAUGUGUCAAUGAAAGUAUCAGGAAAUAACUGCAGAAUCAGCGUGGCUCAUAUCAGCAGCUGGAAAUGGGAAUCUCUGGCCUGCUGCAGUUCAUCAAAGAUGCUGCAGAGCCCAUCAAUGUGAAGAAAUACAAAGGCCAGACCGUGGCUGUGGACACGUACUGUUGGCUGCAUAAAGGAGCAUUUUCAUGUGCUGAGAAACUUGCAAAAGGAGAACCAACUGACCAGUAUGUGUGGUACUGCAUGAAAUUUGUGGAAAUGCUGUUGGGCUUCAGUGUCAAACCAAUUCUGGUAUUUGAUGGACGCAAUCUGCCUUCAAAAAAAGAAGUGGAGAGGGCUCGCAGAGAGCGUAGAGAAGGCAACCUUCAGAAAGGCCGACAGCUACUACGUGAAGGCAAGCUGUCGGAGGCCAGAGACUGUUUUACCCGCUGUGUUAACAUCACCCCGGCCAUGGCUCAUAACCUUAUUAAGGCUGCCAGGGCGAGAGGAGUGGACUGUGUUGUGGCUCCAUAUGAAGCUGAUGCUCAGUUAGCGUACCUCACUAAAUGUGGUUUGGCCCAGGCUGUCAUCACAGAAGACUCUGACCUGCUGGCAUUCGGAUGCAAAAAGGUGAUCCUCAAGAUGGACAAGCAGGGCAACGGCCUGGAGAUAGACCAAAGCAACAUGGGUCGCUGUCGCUCUCUGGGGAACAUUUUCACAGAGGAGAAGUUUCGCUACAUGUGCAUCCUCUCUGGAUGCGACUAUCUGGCCUCCCUUCAUGGCAUCGGCCUAGGCAAAGCCUGCAAACUGCUGCGACUGGCCAAAGACCCUGAUAUCCUCAAGGUGAUCAGAAAGAUGGGCCAAUAUCUGAAGAUGACUCUAGUCAUCCCUGAGCAGUACAUUGAGGGGUUUGUCCGAGCCAAUAACACCUUCCUCUACCAGCUGGUGUUUGAUCCUGUCAGGAGGAAGGUCGUACCUCUCAACCCGUACGCAGAGCACAUCGACCCGGCCACCCUCAGCUACGCUGGACUAAAUCUAGGAGAUGACAAAGGGUUGCAGAUGGCCUUGGGAAACCUUGACAUCAACACCAUGGAGAGGAUAGAUGACUUCAGCCCAGACAAACCCAUUCCACAGCUUUCUAAACCCCGCAGUCGCAGCUGGAACCACUCCCCAGCCCCCACUGGGCCCAGUGUCUGGAGUGGAGGCUUAAAGCCAGCAGCAGUUGCCCCGCCCCUGUCUGCUGCCUCCCCGGACAGGCUUCCCUCCACCAGGGGGAAGGAGAGAAUCAUCAGUCUGGUUGGUCUGAGGCUGUCCUCCAGAGAGCUGCAGGUGAAGAGACCACGAGAAGACUCUAGUGUAUCAGAUCAGGAUGUGCUCCAGCAGUACUCGUCCUCCAGUCACAAGCGGUCCAGGUCAGACCAGCAUUCAGACAAGCCAACAUUAACCAGUCCGCCUCGGCCACGCAACCGCUUCGCCACCCUGCUGCAGAGGAGGAACCAGGAAGCUGAGGAGGACAGCCAGGCCACAUGCAGCAGAUUCUUCAGCGGUUCCAGUUCAGCCAGUCUGAGCACUAAGAUGUCUGCUCAGGAGGAUUUACCUCAGGAUGAAGAGAACAGAGCAGGGAGUCCCACUCAGGACAAUUCUCCCAGCUCCCAGACCAAGGACAGUGAUGGUCCAGACAUUCCAUCUGUGGACACCCCCAGCCCGCCUGCAUCACCUAGCACCACAUCCCCCAGUUCAGUCAGUCAGGGCCCAAGGCUGUUUCAGUGGUCAGGCAGCUCCUCCACGGCUGAACAAUUGAAAACGCCUAAGUCCACGUCAGGCCUGUCCGCCCUGCAGCAGUUUCAGUAUAAGAAGGAGAGUUUUUCCUUGUCCACAAAGACCCACAGACCCCCUGGAAACAUGUCACCACCACAUCUGUCCUCCACUGAUGGAGAACACGUGAAAAAUAAUGACCUCCAAGAUUCACCUCCCUCGCAGGACAGUGCCUACUUCUCCCAGUCCCAGCCUUACCUCACUUCCUGCCACAAAGAGGAAGUCCUCACCGACAGCUUCUCCUCCUCCUACCAGGAGGAUGCUGCAACUGAAAUUAAUUCAAGCAAAGAUUCUGAGCCAGAACAGAUUCCCACACACUCAACAGAAGCAUAUCAGAAACCUGGUAUGCUGAGAUCAAAGGUUUCAGGUCUGUUGAAGCCAAAGUCCAGCAGCCGGGGUCAAGCAGCAAAGGUGCGAACACUGGGCCCGGCCAGGGCCAGUGGACUGAGGAGAAAGUCUGUGGGUUCUUCCUCCAAUAAUGAAAACACCCCUGGGGUCCAGGCCACCAUCAGCAGCCUCUGGAAGAAUUUCAGCUUCAAAAAAGAUUCCCAGAAGAUUAGUGCGCGUAAGAAAGGAAAGCCCAUGUCUCCAGCCAAAGACAACCUGCCGGCCAACUCCUUACUCACCAGCUUCUGAUGUGUAUGGGAGUGAAGCUUUUAAACAUAUCAUGUAUGUUAAUGAUUUCUCAUUAACCUGUUUUUCUUAAUGUACAGUUUUAAAUAAAGCAACCCUCUUCUAAUGCAAAUGUAUCUUGUGUGUGGCGUUGAGUUUCCUAACUAGACUUAAGUUGCAUGAAGU